CCUGGAUGUUUUGGGUUCGCUGACACCACGUGGCGGCACAAGGUGGCAUUAACUCAUGCGGGUCGACUGCAACUUUUAACCCGAGACGUCCGAGCUGUAAGCGACACUGCGAGUCGCAUCCCGUCGCCUCUGUUGCGUUAAAACGUUUUUUUUUAAGCAACGACAGACGCCGCCGUGAGAGAUGUCAGCGGGAGGCCAGACCACCCGGAGCCGGGAAAUCCCUGCCGUCAGGCGGGUCGCCAUCCACGACGCAGCCCACAUGCCCCAGGACUACUCCACGACCCCUGGGGGGACUCUGUUCAGCACCACGCCAGGAGGGACCAGGAUCAUUUACGACAGGAAGUUCCUCCUUCAGUGUCGGACGUCUCCCCUGGCUCGCACGCCUCCCACCCUCCCCGACAUCCCAGGAGUCACCAGUGACCUCAAACGCGACUCCUCCAGCGACACAAACCAGUCGGAGCAAAGAGCCACCACUAACGCCAACCACAGCAUUCACGAGGAGAGCGCAGGGGAAGAUGCCCAGUUCGAUAUGGACAUCUGAAGAGUAUCGUCUAUAUGGAUGAAACAUGCUUCGUCUCACUGGAUAAUAUAUAUAUAUAUACAGUCGAAAUGAGAAGCCUACUCACUCAGUGGCUUAACUUUUUUUCAGAUUUGUUCUGAAAAGAUUGUAUUUUUUGUAAUGUGUUUUAAAUGUCUGACACUAUUUGAUGCACAAAAUUUACUUACUCGACAAGUAAGCAAGCAAUCAUUUUGUUAAAAUUACAUAAUCGAUAUUUUAUGUAAUUUGACUCUUUAUAUAACUUUUAAGAAAUGUCUUUAAUUUUUUAAAACUAAUUAAAAAAAUACUGAACUGUG